AUGAGCACAAGCCCACGUUCGACACGCGAAUUGUCUGCGGCGCGCAAGCGUGAAGUAACCACCGCUCUUCUAAACAGCAUGUGUUUGGGGAAGCUGCCGCGCGGCACAAUCAAAGCGAUUGCAGCGCAAUUCGAGUUGGACCGGAAAACCGUACGCACACUUUGGAACCGCUCCAAGACAGGCAACACAGCGACACUCAAGCUCGGGCGCGUUGGACCUACCAGGCAACACUCAGCAGAAGAAAUAAAGCAACUAAUACGACAAGUACCUUCUCACCAACGCAGCACGCUCAGAGACGUGGCCGAAGCCACAGGAUUGUCGACCUUUGUGUUCAGUCAUACAUUCAAGAGUGGGAUCAUGCACCGCCGGUCGUCGCGUCUCAAGCCGCUCCUCACUGCAACAAACCGACUCGAACGUCUGGCCUAUUGUGGCGCCCACGUCAAUCUGACCCAAGAAGCAGUCAAUGCUUACCUUGCUGGUGUCGACGCACUCAAUGCCAGCUCUGAUGAAGGCAUUAACGUUGCCAGCGAAGCCGUCGAAUGGUUCAAUGCCAACAAGGACAGCCGGAAGACGUACCUUGUCGAUGGAGAAGAUGUGGGAUACCGCGCCUGCAAGUCCAAGCGCUUUAUUGCGAAAGUCAUGUUUCUUUGCGCUGUUGCUCGCCCGCGAGAAGAGGACGGCUUUGACGGCAAGAUUGGGAUGUGGCCGUUCGUCACUCAAGUCCCAGCCGCUCGGAACUCACGCAAUCGGCCAGCUGGGACAAUGGUCACGACACUGAUCAAUGUUGACGCCGCCACGUACCGAGAUUACGUUGUCAACAAGGUGAUUUCGGCAAUCAAGGCGAACUUCCGAAGUUUGAACAAGCGCGUCGUGUUGCAACACGACAACGCUACACCUCACCGAUCCAUCGACAAUGGCACCCUUGCUCAAGUUUCCACCGACGGGUGGACUUUCGUUGUUCGCUGCCAGCCCUCCAACAGUCCUGACCACAACGUGCUUGACCUUGGCUUCUUUGCAUCUAUCCAGACUCUACAGUACAAGACUGUGAGUCGCACCGUUAAUGAGGUGAUAGCGUCAACAAUGAUCGCAUUCGAAACUCUCGAGAGCGAGAAGUUAGCCAAUGUUUUCCUGACCCUGCAGGGUAUCAUGCGACUUGUACUGGAGCACCGUGGUGGUAACCACUUCAAGCUACCUCAUCUGAAGAAAGAUGCCUUGAGACAUACCGGUAAUCUUCCUACUAAUCUGUCCUGUCCUGUGUCGCUUCUCUUCAAGGCAAACAGCUACCACGUCCAACAGUCGGGUCUAUGA